CAAACAAACUUGAUAAAUAUAUAAUUCUAUGCGAAUAUCCAGCGAUUAUUGCAUUAGCCUAGAUUAUUAUUCUUAUUUAUUGGUUUUAAUAUGGUUUUUACUUCAGUAGAUUUGUCAAAGUGGAAAAUAGAUGAGUUAAAAACGUAUUUAUUAUCAAGAGGUUCAGGAAGUGCACGAAAAGCACUUUUGAUAGAAAAAGUUAUCAUGGCAGAAGCUUUAAACCUACCAUUGUUACCUACCACUGAUAACCGUAUUAAUGAAAUAAAUAACAGUCGAAGAAGGAAGUUAGUAGUUGACGAUGUUUUACAUCUUCCAUUUCCUGAAGAUUUAAAAAGUAACUGGCAAAGUGGAAGUCAAUAUCUUCCUAAUGCGACUUUAGAAGUCAUUAAAGAAUAUGCUACAAAUAAGAGUGCAAUGAAGGCAUUUAGAGAAGGAAAAAACUUGCAAUAUUCUGGGCAUGUUAAAGAUGUCGCCUUUAAUAACAUUGUUGACAGUAUUCGGUAUUGUUACGUUAGAGCUACUGUUGUUCCUCAGACAAGAAUAAACGAAAAUCCAUAUUUAGUUUGGGUAUGUUUUUAUGGUUCAAGUAUGUUUUUACUGCUGAGUGUUCGUGUAUUGCAGGUUUGAGUUCAUCUUGUAAGCAUGUCUUUAGUUUAUUGCAUUAUAUUGAGAAUGAAGUCAGCUUAGGCCAUAAUAAAACAUGUACUGGCAAAAAACAACAAUGGGAUGUACGAGUUGAAAAGCGCCAAAAAAUACAUGAACCAUGUGAAAUAAAUUCAGUUAUUUUUAGGC